GAGAGAGAGAAAGAGAGGGAAAACGCAAGAAACCGCGAGAAAAUAAGCGGGCGGAAGGGGACGAUAGUUGCCGAGGAUCUCAAAGGAAAGGGCUUUGCUUUCCCGAGAAAAUCCCGAGAACGAGGAGAGGAAAGCUCGAAGACCCUUUUGGGCAUCGCCGUCCUCUGCGACAUUUCGCUUUCCCAUUUCCGGCUCAUCCCUCCUCCGAUUCCUUCCCGGUCGCGCCUCCGUCCUCGCGCGAACGCGACGGCGAAAACCCGACGAAGCAAGCUCCGCUGCCGACGAAGCGGGGGCGCGAAUACAGCAGCUUAGUGUUUGCAGCCGGCCAAAAGAUUGAUUCGGAGUGGUUCGAGUGAUUGGUUUGUUCGAUUGUAACGUUGAAAGCCGGUUCCUUUCUGCGUCGUGGGGCGUUUUGUUUUGGAGAUUGGCCCACGUUAUGGUGUCCGCAACGUUGAGCGGCCGUUGCUGGUGACGGAGUUGAGGCUCGCGAGCUCGUACUUUGAUCCAUAGUCGAGUUGAAUCUCGCCAGCAAUGGCCACUUCAAUGGCUGUAGCGGUUGGAUCUGUUGUAUGGGUGGAGGAUCCUGACGUAGCCUGGAUAGAUGGUGAAGUCGUGGAAGUCAAUGGCGAAGAGAUAAAGAUAAAUUUGACAUCAGGAAGGACGGUUGUUACCAAUGCUUCUACUGUCUAUGCUAAAGAUACUGAAGCUCCUCAAUGCGGCGUGGAUGAUAUGACGAGGCUUGCUUAUCUGCAUGAGCCUGGGGUUUUGGAUAAUUUAAGAUGCAGAUAUGAUCUCAAUGAGAUAUAUACUUAUACGGGAAAUAUAUUGAUUGCGGUGAACCCUUUUCGGAGGUUACCUCAUUUAUAUGACAAUUACAUGAUGGAACAAUAUAAAGGGGCUGCUUUUGGUGAAUUAAGCCCUCAUCCAUUUGCUGUUGCAGAUUCUGCAUACAGACAGAUGAUCAAUGAAGGUAUAAGCCAAGCCAUUUUGGUAAGCGGAGAGAGCGGAGCUGGUAAAACAGAAAGCACUAAGAUGCUUAUGCGCUAUCUUGCUUAUAUGGGUGGGAGAGCUGCGGCAGAGGGAAGAACUGUGGAGCAGCAAGUUCUUGAGUCUAACCCUGUUUUGGAAGCAUUUGGUAAUGCCAAGACAGUUAGAAAUAAUAACUCAAGUCGCUUUGGUAAGUUUGUGGAAAUCCAAUUUGAUCAAAGAGGAAGAAUUUCGGGAGCUGCAAUAAGGACAUACUUGCUAGAGCGGUCGCGCGUUUGCCAAGUGUCUGAUCCCGAGAGAAACUACCAUUGCUUCUAUAUGCUUUGUGCCGCACCGCAGGAGGAUGUUGAGAGGUAUAAAUUGGGGAAUCCAAGGAGGUUUCAUUAUCUGAAUCAAUCAAACUGCUUUGAGCUGGAUGGAGUGAAUGAUUCUGAGGAGUAUAUUGCGACUAGAAAGGCUAUGGAAGUCGUUGGCAUAAGUCCUUAUGAGCAGGAUGCGAUCUUCCGAGUUGUUGCUGCUAUACUUCAUCUAGGGAAUGUUGAGUUCGCAAAGGGCGAGGAAGCAGAUUCUUCCAAACCCAAAGAUGAUGAGUCACGAUUCCAUCUUAAAAUGGCAGCUGAAUUGUUCAUGUGUGAUGAGAAGUCUCUUGAAGAUUCUUUGUGCAAACGUGUGAUUGUGACUCGUGAUGAGUCCAUAACAAAAUGGAUGAACCCAGAGGCUGCAGCUGUCAACAGAGAUGCUUUGGCGAAAAUUGUCUAUUCAAGAUUAUUUGAUUGGCUUGUGAACAAGAUCAAUAGCUCGAUUGGGCAAGAUCCCGAUUCAAAGUUCUUAAUUGGGGUUUUGGAUAUCUACGGAUUUGAGAGUUUCAAGACAAACAGCUUUGAGCAAUUUUGCAUAAACUUGACAAAUGAAAAGCUGCAACAACAUUUCAAUCAGCAUGUUUUUAAGAUGGAGCAAGAAGAAUAUACAAGGGAAGAAAUUGAUUGGAGUUACAUAGAGUUCAUUGAUAAUCAAGAUGUCCUUGAUCUAUUAGAAAAGAAACCUGGUGGCAUCAUUGCUCUUUUGGAUGAGGCUUGCAUGUUUCCAAAAUCCACCCAUGAGACAUUUGCGGAAAAACUUUACCAGACAUUUAAGGAUCACAAGCGCUUCAGUAAACCAAAAUUGUCGAGGAGUGAUUUCACCAUUUGCCAUUAUGCGGGUGAUGUUACUUACCAAACAGAGUUUUUCCUGGACAAGAAUAAAGAUUAUGUUGUUGCAGAGCAUCAGGCGCUCCUGAGUGCGUCAAGGUGCACCUUUGUGUCAGGCUUGUUCCCCCCCUUACCUGAGGAAUCUUCCAAAUCAUCUAAGUUCUCAUCUAUAGGUUCUCGCUUUAAGCAACAAUUACAAGCUUUACUUGAAACGCUCAGUGCUACUGAGCCCCACUAUAUCCGAUGUGUAAAGCCAAAUAAUCUACUUAAGCCUGCAAUUUUUGAAAGCAGUAAUGUCCUGCAGCAACUCCGCUGUGGGGGAGUUAUGGAGGCAAUUAGGAUCAGCUGCGCGGGAUAUCCUACUAGGAAGACUUUCGAUGAGUUCGUUGGUCGAUUUGGCAUCCUGGCACCUGAUGUUCUGAGUGGGAGCUUUGAUGAGAUCACUGUGUGCAAGAAGAUAUUGGAGAGGGUGAACCUUGAUGGUUAUCAGGUUGGCAAGACAAAAGUGUUUCUUCGAGCAGGUCAGAUGGCAGAACUGGAUGCACGUCGAAUUGAGGUCCUUGGUAGAUCUGCUAGUAUUAUUCAAAGAAAAGUUCGUUCCUAUUUGAGUCGCAAAAGUUUUAUCCAGUUGCGCCUGACUGCAAUCCAAAUCCAAGCCAUGUCAAGAGGACAAGUUGCACGCUGUAGAUUUGAGAACAUGAGAAGAGAAGCUGCUUGUUUGAAGAUCCAGAGAGUUUGGCGCAUGUGUCUUGCUAGGCAAGUGUACAUAAAUUUGUACUCUUCUGCUCUUUCUAUUCAAACUGGUUUACGUGGGAUGGCUGCCCGUGAUGAGUUGCGGCAUAGAAAGCAGACAAGGGCUGCUGUUAUUCUUCAGAGUCAUUGUCGGAAAUAUUUGGUCCGAGCUUAUUACCUUACGUUAAAGAAAGCAGCAAUUACCACACAAUGUGCCUGGAGAGGAAGGGUUGCCAGGAGAGAGUUACGGAAACUUAAGUUGGCUGCCAAAGAGACUGGUGCUCUUCAAGCUGCUAAAACUAUGUUGGAAAAGCAAGUUGAAGAACUAACCUGGCGUUUGCAGCUGGAGAAGCGCAUGAGAGCCGACAUUGAGGAAGCAAAAACACAAGAAAAUGUGAAGUUGAAGUCUGCUUUGCAAGAGAUGCAACUUCAGUUUGAAGAAACGAAAGCCAUGUUGGUCAAGGAACGAGAGGCUGCACAAAAAGCAGCUGAACAAGAGCCCAUUGUUCAGGAGGUUCCAGUUGUUGAUCAUGAAUUGAUGAAUAAGCUUGCGGCUGAAAAUGAGAAACUCAAGGCUCUUGUGAGUUCACUGGAAAAGAAGAUUGAUGAAACAGAGAGAAAGUAUGAAGAGACAAACAAGCUUAGUGAGGAGAGAUUGAAGCAAGCUUUGGAAGCUGAAUCCAAGAUGAUUGAAUUGAAGAUGAACAUGCAGAGGCUUGAAGAGAAACUUUCUGAUAUGGAAGCUGAUGAGCAAGUUCUACGGCGGCAAGCUUUAAUGAAUGCACCUGUCAAGAAAAUGUCAGAACAUUUAGCAGUGAAUAAAGAUCAGCCAUGGGAAAAUGGUCAUCAUGAUCCACAAAGUGCUACUCCCACAAAAAAAGCUGAUGGAGAGUCUGACAACAAACUGAGGAGAUCCUUCGUGGAAAAGCAGCAUGUAUGUAACUUCAGAGAAAAUGUUGAUGCCCUUAUGAGAUGCGUGACUCAAGAUCUCGGUUUUAGUGAAGGAGUACCAGUUGCUGCAUUCACCAUAUACAAAUGUCUCUUACACUGGAGAUCACUUGAAGCAGAAAGAACUAAUGUAUUUGACCGUCUUAUUCAGAUGAUUGGAUCUGCGAUAGAGAACCAGGAUAAUAAUGAACAUAUGGCAUACUGGCUAUCAAAUAGUUCUACAUUGUUGAUUUUGCUUCAACGGAGUUUGAAGGCGACUGGUGGAGCUGGUGGAACUCCAACAAAAAAGGCUUCCCCAGCCACGUCGUUAUUUGGGAGGAUGACACAGGGUUUCCGUUCUUCCGCUUCUUCUGCCAACCUUCCGGUGGGGGGCCAUGAUGUAGUUCGCCAUGUUGAGGCCAAGUAUCCUGCUUUGCUUUUUCGGCAGCAGCUUACAGCAUACGUGGAGAAGAUAUAUGGAAUUAUUCGAGACAACUUGAAGAAGGAAUUAUCAUCAUUUCUGUCUUCUUGUAUCCAGGCGCCCAGAACUUCAAGGGCUAAUUCUUUAAGAUCAUCCGGACGGUCAUUUGGAAAUAGUCCUCCAGCUAACCACUGGCAUGGUAUCAUUGAGAGUCUUAAUGGCCUUCUACGUACAUUGACAGAAAAUUAUGUGCCACCUGUCCUCGUACAGAAAAUAUUUACCCAGACAUUUUCCUACAUGAAUGUGCAGCUUUUUAACAGCCUGUUGCUUCGGCGGGAGUGCUGCACAUUUAGCAACGGAGAAUAUGUUAAAGCUGGUUUAGCUGAAUUGGAACUAUGGUGUUGCCAAGCAAAACAAGAGUAUGCAGGUUCAUCCUGGGAAGAGCUCAAGGACAUAAGGCAAGCUGUUGGAUUCUUGGUGAUCCACCAGAAGUCAAGAAUUUCCUAUGAUGACAUCACAAAUGACCUUUGCCCUGUCCUGAGUGUUCAGCAGCUAUAUCGGAUCUGUACACUAUACUGGGAUGACAACUACAACACUCGAAGUGUCUCUCCUGAUGUAAUUUCUAGCAUGAGGAUCCUCAUGACAGAGGAUUCUAGCAAUGAAGCAAGCAACUCUUUUCUGUUGGACGACACUUCCAGCAUACCUUUCUCGGUCGAUGACAUCUCCAGUUCCCUCCAAGUGAAGGAUCUUUCUGACGUAAAACCCGCUGCAGAUCUACUUGAGAAUCCAGCCUUCCAAUUUUUACGGGAAUAAGGCUAUUUUCUUUGUUGUCCCAGUAUUCCCGAAGAAUUGCCCGAAAUUUCUCAUCUUUUGGUUUGUCGCUCUGUAAAUCAUCCCCAGUUUUGUCCCUGUAUGCUAGGUUUUGCUCCAGUUCGUCCAUUUCCUGGUUCAGUCGUCGCUCUUCAAAUUAGAGCUGUAAAUUUAUUUAGGCAUUGUCAUUUAGGCUAUGGGGUAGGGAUGGGUUACACCUUAGAAUCCGUUUUUUCUUUUUUCCUUCUCAACUUCUCUCUCUCGAUCUCUCUCCCCAUGGGUCACUGGAGGAUUAGAAUUCUUUGUAGAAUGGUAGUGGCUUUACGUGUCCAAGAUAGUUUGGUGGGAAGAGCUGGUACAGAGAAGAUUUAGAGCCUUCCCAAGUACCCACUUGUACAAAACUAUGUAAAAUGUAAAGGUAACAUUAGGAGCAACCAUCUUCGAGUUUAGAGAGAGUUUGUGGUACGUUAUCUGCAAAUGCGCUCUUUUGGACUAUGAUGGAUCGUCAUAUUGUGCUACAUUUUUAAUGGUGCAGAUGUGUUGAUAUAAGAGCAUGUCAAGAUGACAGCUUUUCCUUU